AUGUCGGUUCCCAAGUACGCCGGCAUGUCUGGCAACAUGUUGUCGCGAACUAUCACAGCUACGGCAACUAUGGGUUUUCUACUCUUUGGUUAUGAUCAGGGUGUUAUGAGUAGUAUUAUUGAUUCGAGUGCAUUCUUUGAACUGCUUCCCCAAUUAGAUGGGAACUCGACCUUACAAGGCACAGUCACGGCCCUGUAUGAAAUCGGAUGUCUUAUCGGCGCGGUAUUUAUGCUCAUCUUUGGUGACUGGCUGGGCCGUCGCAAGGCUAUCAUGGCUGGUGCCUUCAUCAUGAUUAUCGGUGUCAUUAUCCAAGUCACCUCAUACGGCAGACAUGACCCUAUGGUCCAAUUCAUCAUUGGUCGUAUCGUCACCGGUGUCGGAAACGGAAUGAACACAUCUACCAUCCCAACUUAUCAAGCAGAGUGUUCUCGUACCUCCAACCGAGGUCUUCUUAUCUGCAUCGAGGGUGGUACAAUUGCCUUCGGUACCCUGAUUGCCUACUGGAUUGACUUUGGAGCAUCCUAUGGCCCCACUGAUCUGGUGUGGCGCUUCCCUAUUGCAUUCCAGUGUAUCUUUGGUGUCUUUAUCAUCAUUGGAAUGACCUUCCUGCCGGAAUCGCCUCGAUGGCUAUUUACUCGUGAACGCCACGAGGAGGGAGAAAAAGUUAUUGCGGCUUUAGCAGGUCAGACGAUCGAUUCGCACGAAGUAACUCUUCAGAAGAACAUCAUCCUGGAUUCCAUCCGAGCUUCCGGUCAGAUCAGCAAGAACACCCCCUUCUCCGCUGUCUUCACUGGUGGAAAAACCCAACACUGUCGCCGUAUGCUCCUCGGGGCUUCAGCCCAGCUUAUGCAGCAGAUUGGGGGCUGUAAUGCAGUCAUCUACUACCUACCCAUUCUCUUCAAGGACUCAGUCGGCCUUACUGGCCGCACGCCCACUAUCCUUGGUGGUGUGAACAUGGUUGUGUACGCUAUUUUCGCAACACUAUCCUGGUUCCUGAUCGAGCGUGUGGGUCGUCGCAAGCUCUUCCUCUACGGAACAAUUGGUCAAAUGGUCUCCAUGAUCAUCACAUUCGCCUGUCUCAUCCCAGGAACCACCCAAGCAGCCAAGGGAGCCGCUGUGGGCUUGUUCACCUACAUCGCCAGCUUCGGCGCAACAUGGCUUCCCCUACCAUGGCUAUACCCAGCGGAGAUCUCCCCGAUCAAGACCCGAGCAAAGGCCAACGCGCUCUCAACAUGCUCGAACUGGCUAUUCAACUUCUUGAUCGUCAUGGUAACACCGAUCAUGAUCUCGCACAUCCACUGGGGUACAUACCUCUUCUUCGCCGUGGUGAACGCCUGCUUUUUACCCAUAAUCUACUUCUUCUACCCAGAGACAGCGCGUCGUUCUUUAGAAGAAAUCGAUCUGAUCUUCGCGAAGGGUCACGUGGAGAAUAUGAGCUACGUCCGCGCUGCAAAGGAGCUCCCUUACCUUUCUGAUGAGGAUGUUGAGCGUGUCGCUAUCCAAUAUGGUUUUGGACCAGCUGAGAUUCAUGAGACGGAGUAUGAAGCUAAGGCUAGCAGUUCUAGUGACAGUGUACCUUCAGCACCACCGAAGAUUGAGACUGUUUGA